GUGUCUUCGGGGUGGACGGAGGAUAAUAAAGAGCUCGCGGCUGGAGGCCGGCAGCAGGGGCCGGGCCGGGAAGGAGAGGACCGAACUGCAGGAACGAGUCACCCGGAAUUAACUUCUGGUGAAAGUUAUGGGAAGCGCGGCCAUGGACACCAAGAAGAAGAAAGACGUUUCCAGCCCCGGCGGGAGCGGCGGCAAAAAAAUCCCCAGCCAGAAGAGGCGUUCGCUGCGAGUGCACAUCCCGGACCUGAGUUCCUUUGCCAUGCCGCUCCUGGAUGGAGACCUGGAAAGCUCAGAAAAGCAUUCUUCUCGUAAGGUGGACAGCCCCUGCAGCUCGGGCAGCCCCUCUAAAGGGUUCUUCUCCAGAGGCCCCCAGCACCGGCCCUCCAGCCCCGUGUCUGCUCCCGUGAGACCCAAGACCAGCCCUGGCUCUCCCAAAACCGUGUUCCCCUUCUCCUACCAGGAGUCCCCCCCCCGCUCCCCCCGCCGCAUGAGCUUCAGCGGGAUCUUCCGUUCCUCGUCCAAGGAAUCUUCUCCCAACUCCAACCCGUCUACCUCCCCCGGGGGCAUCAGGUUCUUCUCCCGCUCCAGAAAAACUUCCGGCCUCUCGUCCUCUCCGUCGACACCCACCCAGGUGGUCAAGCAGCACACCUUUCCUCUCGAGUCCUACAAGCAAGAGCCCGAGCGACUGGAAAAUCGCAUCUACGCCUCAUCUUCCCCUCCAGACACAGGCCAGAGGUACUGCCCGUCCUCCUUCCAGGGCACCGCCAGGCCUCCAGUGGCCUCGCCGACACACCAUGCCUCCCCCAGAACCGCGGCGCUGGCGGCGGCCCCGGGACCCGCGGAAGCCGGCAUGCUGGAGAAAUUCGAGUUGGAAGAAGAAGCAGAAGACUCAGAAAGUGGUGUCUACACGCGCUUCAUGAGGUCACACAAGUGUUACGACAUCGUUCCCACCAGUUCAAAGCUUGUGGUCUUUGAUACUACGUUACAAGUGAAAAAGGCCUUCUUUGCCUUAGUAGCCAAUGGUGUUCGAGCAGCACCACUGUGGGAGAGUAAGAAACAAAGUUUUGUAGGAAUGCUAACAAUUACAGAUUUCAUAAAUAUACUACAUAGAUACUAUAAGUCACCCAUGGUACAGAUUUAUGAAUUAGAAGAACAUAAGAUUGAAACAUGGAGGGAGCUUUAUUUACAAGAAACAUUUAAGCCUUUAGUGAAUAUAUCUCCAGACGCAAGCCUCUUCGACGCUGUGUACUCGUUGAUCAAAAAUAAAAUCCACAGACUGCCGGUUAUCGACCCCGUCAGUGGGAACGCACUUUAUAUUCUCACCCACAAGAGAAUCCUCAAGUUCCUCCAGCUCUUUAUGUCUGAUAUGCCAAAGCCUGCCUUCAUGAAGCAGAACCUGGAUGCCCUUGGAAUUGGGACCUACCACAACAUCGCCUUCAUCCACCCGGACACUCCCAUCAUCAAAGCCUUGAACGUCUUUGUAGAAAGACGAGUGUCGGCCUUGCCUGUGGUAGAUGAGUCAGGAAAAGUCGUGGAUAUUUAUUCCAAAUUUGAUGUAAUUAACCUUGCUGCUGAAAAAACCUACAAUAACCUAGAUAUCACGGUGACCCAGGCCCUCCAGCACCGCUCUCAGUAUUUCGAGGGAGUCGUGAAGUGCAGUAAGCUGGAAAUCCUGGAGACCAUCGUGGACAGAAUAGUGCGGGCUGAGGUGCAUCGGCUGGUGGUAGUGAAUGAAGCAGACAGCAUCGUGGGCAUCAUCUCGCUGUCGGACAUUCUGCAGGCCCUGAUCCUCACGCCCGCAGGUGCCAAACAGAAGGAGGCGGAAGCAGAAUGACCACUGUGAGUGGAGAAGCCCUUAGAGGAGAACCUGAACAGAGAUUUUGGGUCACGCUUUGCUUCAUGAACACUGACCGUGACAGAAGACAGUCAAAUGGCUGAGAAUGUAUAUCAGGGUUUAGUGAUGGGUAUUUUUUCCAGUGAUACUGAAACUGAGCAUAAGAAACAGAGUUUAUGUGUUUGAAGAUUCAGGCUUGCAUUAAAAGACUGUUUUCAGACCUUUGUCUGAACAAUUUCAAGUGCUGUAUGUUAUUAAAGUGCACUGUGUCCUGAAAUUUUUCUUAUUUUUAAUUUCAAAGAAUUCACUGGUCUGUAACAGGUAAUACGACAUAAGGCGAGUGCAUGGCCUUUUCAGACCUAGUGCCUUAUGUCAGAACACGCGUAUGUCAUCACUGCGGCCCAUGGCGGCUGGAGCCACACGGUGCUGGGGCGCGAAAGUCUUUGGACCUUUACCAAAUCAGUUUGUUUUCAUUAGAUUUGUCGAACAGUUGUAAUUUGGAUAUAAAUACUUUAUAAAACUUUAA